AAAUAAAUUAAAUUAGACUGAGCCAAAGCAUGUUGGGCUAUAUGUGUGGAUAAUACUGGAAUAAUAACACUAAUUCUUUUUUUUUUUAAUGCUAGUGUAACUGACUGAAUCUUAAUUGUUCAGCUUAGGCAAUGAAUAUUUGCAUUAUCUGAGGAGAUCCUACAAUAGUUACAAGUUACAAAGUGGCUCAUAGCUAAAAAUAUGCAUUUCCUGUGUCUCAUAUGUCAUUUGGUGUCUUAAGCAUUGCGUCAAGGAAGAUUAAGGUAAUAGGCUUUCUUCUACCCGGCCAUGGGCUUGUCCUGCUCAAACAGGCCUAUUUCACAUGCAUCUCUAGGAAUAUGGACACCUUUUAUGUUGCAUUUUGUACUGCUUUGUUGUUUUAUUUCAUCUCUCCUGGAUCAUCAACUUGUCUGACUGGCUGCUCCUGCACAAAUGACUCCGUGGGAAGGUCCUUACUUUGUAUGGAAACCUCCAUGGGACACAUCCCAGAGGAUAUCCCGGAUGAUUUUACUAAAAUUCGUAUUGAAAACUCCCACCUAACUGAGUUACCCCGUGGAUCUUUCUCUAAAUUGAGUGCUUUGGAGUUUCUGUGGCUCAAUUUCAACGACAUCACCCUGAUGAACAUCAAAAGCCUGGAGGGGCUGUGGAACCUGACCGAGCUGAGGUUACAAGGGAACAAACUGAGUUCAGUACCAUGGACAGCGUUUCAAGACACACCAAAACUGAAGAUUUUAGACCUAAAGCACAACCGACUGGAUGUGCUACCAGAACACGCUCUGCGACACUUACCAGGUCUGACCUACUUAGAUUUAUCCUUCAAUCAGCUUAGCGUCAUAUCAAAAGAUGUCUUUAUUAACUGGCCCCUUUACCAAACAGCAGAGAAAGCAUGGGGGAAAGAAGGGUUGGUCUCAAAUGUGGUUUUGGCACUUCACGACAAUCCCUGGCUGUGUGAUUGCCGACUAAAAGGCUUCGUUGAAUUCAUCAGGGCAGUCAGUCCUCCUAUCAUUCUGAUGAACUCGUAUUUGAUGUGCUCGGGCCCCACCUCCAAAGCUGGGAAGUUCUUCCAUGAAAUCCAAUUAAAAACUUGCAUGAAACCUGUGGCCUCUGCCCCAGACAUGAACGUCACUUUGCCACUGGGAGCAAAUGCAACACUCACAUGCUUAGUCAAGGCCAGGCCAGCUCCAACCAUUCAAUGGAUGUACAGUCUGAAGAUUAUAAGAGGAUUUACUGCUACUGAGACACAUGUGGAUGAGGAGACCGUCGAGUCCCAGCUGGUGAUCCCCUCUUUUCAUCUGGCAGACAGAGGGCACUACACCUGCACGGCCAACAACUUCAUUGGGAAUUCCUCCGUUGCCAUCUUGGUCAACAUCAAGUCCCUCAAUUCCUCCGCUCCUGUUCCCCCACCAAUCCCCAUGUUGUCAUCUGAUGAAAAUGUUUACAUUGACAUACGCAUUGCCAAGCAGACAGUGUAUGGCAUCACCUUGGAGUGGUACGCAGCAACGGCCAAUCCUGCAGAAACCUGGUUCACCAUACACUUUGGCAAAUAUGAUUCGCCCAAAAAGGAAAUGAUUUACAUCGGCCCGGGCAUCAACAGCUACUCAGUUAGUGACUUGCUGCCUGUCACCAAGUACGAGGUGUGUGUGACUCUGAAAAACCACCCGCCCCGAGAAGGCCAGUGCAUUGUGUUUGUGACAGGAAGUGACAUCAGUGAGCUGGAGCAGAGAGAGAGGCUCAUCCACAUCAUAGUCAUUGUGUGCGCCAUGGUGCUGGCGGUGCCGGCCGGCAUGUAUGCCUGCACCACAGAGGCCAGGUUCAGCUGCAUUGAGCGCUGCACAGAUCUGUGGAAGAAGAGGAGGUGGCAUGAGGAGAACCUGCCGGAAAUGGAGAGGCAGGACACUUUUGACAGCCUGCACGCGGCCAGUGAUGAAGGCCUGUGCAGGGACUCAGGAGAGGAGCGGAUAAAGAGGCGGAGGUCUGAGGAUAAAUGCAAAGGAGGCAAUGCAGCUCAACUCUAUUAGCAUAAAUAUAAAAAAAUAUACCUGUAUCUGUAAAUAAUGCCAGUUUUCUGUCAGCAAUAUGUGGUAGGAUGUGUAUAUAAAUCAUACAGGACCAUACCAGUGAUUUUACAUUUUUAGCAUAAUAUCUACAAAAUGUAUAUACUUAAUGUUUCUGCUAAUAUUUGCCAAAAGCAAGCAGUAUUUUAUUUCCCUCCCUUUUAUCCAGCCAUUCGUUUCCAUUCUUUUCACCAUGAUACGAAAAUGAACUUUCAGAGACUUCAGUCUUUCUUCACACCAGUAUUCCAUAACCAUCAUAAAAUCCUGCACAUUAGUUUUCCUAAAAGCAGCAGCACUGCUGUCUUUUGAUGACUUGACAUUUGGCGGAGUGAAACCGUCCCUCAUCUGUUGGGAAAUAGUCCCCGGGGAAACAUUUGCUUUCCACAGCCAGUUAUCAGCUCUGUGGUUUAUGAAUGGAGAUGACUUUGUUAGCUUCAGAAGCAAAACAUUACAAGAUGGCUGUUACAACCAAAAAUUCAAAUCUGAAAAAAGGGAUUUUGAUUAUAUGUUGUGAAAUCUAGUACCCCUGCAUGAUUUGCAAAAUGGUGUGUUGCAAUGUAAAAUGUGGGUCAACUGUAGUAAAUGGGCCAAACAUUCAAAAUCACCGGUAUGGUCCUUUCAGGUGAAGAUGAAAUGCCUUACUCCCUUAUUGUCAGGGAGACUUUGUUAUUUAUCUGUAUCAAUAUACAAUAAGAAGUCAAAUGUUUGUUCUAAAAUGUAUUUGAUACUUCUUUGGGUCACUUUUUUUCUUAAUCUUUUGAUACUGAGUGUAAAGUCAUGCACUUCUAAAUUAGUAUCAUAUGAGCUUUUACCUGCUGUCUACUAUUUAUGUACUGUAUGUUAUUUCUUUGCUAUUGUUAAGUUCGCUGUGCUGUAAAAUGUGGGCUUGGUUGGCUGAUGCUUCAGUUAUGGAAAUAUAAGAGCUAAAGAAGAUAGUAAACAUGCUCAUGAUUCAUUACUGUGACAAUACUACAAUUGCGAUGUUGUUUCCACAUUCCAGCUUCGCUCUCGUGUAAUGGCAUUGAAUGAUGUACGAUGUGGAUUAAAGGGGAGUUAAACUCGAAUGCUGAGACAUAUUCUGAUUUUUAGCACAAUCGCUCAGAGGAUUUAUUACAUAAGCAGUGUUUUCCUGUGCGUUUAUACAUACACUGCUAAGGAGAUUAGCGCGCUUUUCUAUCUGAACCCUGUCAAUCCAGCAUCUUAACCCAAGAGUACGGCAUGAUAUUUCCAUUUAAUGACAGGUCCCGGCACAUUGUGUCAUCCAGGCAGAUAGAUUGUGCAUCAAAAAGCCGAUUGUUUUUUUCAGCAUGGUUGAUUGACAGGUUGUUUUGCUCCUGUUGGUGGCACUUUAACAGAUAGAAUAUGAUCAAAAGUUGUUUUGUUUUGAUGCUGUGAAAAUAAUGAUCAUAAUUAUAUCGCUAUUGCUCAUUGUGGAACUGCUACAUCAUAUAUCAGAGUUUGUACUGCUGAUUUCGUUUUUUAACAAAUUAAUAAUAAAUGUUUUGAUGGUUCUUGA